AUGCCUGAGACGCAGGGACACAUGCUGCCAGGCUAUUGUUUGAAGGAGAGAGAGAGAAGGCCCGGGAGACCAGCCCCCACAGCUUCUCCUGGGCCUUGGAGUUACUGGGCCAGGCAGCUGCUGCCUAGCACCAACAGGGACUCCCUCCUGCUGAGGUGUGAGCCCCGUCAGGCCUGUGUCUGCCCAUCCUUCAAGGAUAUCAACAAGCAGUACGUGGGCUUGGUCACACUGCCCGAUCAGGUGCACCAGAAGUCUGUGAAGAAGGGCUUCGAAUUCACUCUUAUGGUGGCAGGUGAGUCGGGCCUGGGGAAGUCCACGCUGGUUCACAGCCUCUUCCUGACCGACUUGUACAAGGACCGGAAGCUGCUCAGUGCCGAGGAGCACAUCAGCCAAACGGUAGAGAUCCUGAAGCACACGGUGGACAUUGAGGAGAAGGGGGUCAAGCUGAAGCUCACCAUUGUAGACACACCAGGCUUCGGGGAUGCUGUCAACAACUCUGAGUGCUGGAAGCCCAUCACCGAUUAUGUGGACCAACAGUUUGAGCAGUAUUUUCGUGACGAGAGUGGCCUCAACCGCAAGAACAUCCAAGACAACCGUGUGCACUGCUGCCUCUACUUCAUCUCCCCUUUUGGACAUGGGCUGCGGCCAGUGGAUGUGGGUUUCAUGAAGGCUCUGCAUGAGAAGGUGAACAUUGUGCCCCUCAUCGCCAAAGCUGACUGUCUCGUCCCCAGCGAGAUCCAGAAGCUGAAGGAGCGGAUCCGGGAGGAGAUUGACAAGUUUGGGAUCCACGUGUACCAGUUCCCUGAAUGUGACUCUGACGAGGAUGAGGACUUCAAGCAGCAGGAUCGGGAACUGAAGGAGAGUGCGCCCUUCGCGGUUAUCGGCAGCAACACAGUGGUGGAAGCCAAGGGGCAGCGGGUCCGGGGGCGACUGUACCCCUGGGGGAUCGUGGAGGUGGAGAACCAGGCACACUGCGACUUUGUGAAGCUUCGCAACAUGCUGAUCCGCACACACAUGCAUGAUCUCAAGGACGUGACAUGCGACGUGCACUAUGAGAACUAUCGCGCGCACUGCAUCCAGCAGAUGACCAGCAAACUGACCCAGGACAGCCGCAUGGAGAGCCCCAUCCCCAUCCUACCACUGCCUACCCCGGAUGCUGAGACAGAAAAGCUCAUCAGGAUGAAGGAUGAGGAGCUAAGGCGCAUGCAGGAGAUGCUGCAGAAGAUGAAGCAGCAGAUGCAGGACCAGUGACCCCAACCCAGCCCCACAUUGCCAUGGAUAUACUGCCAGUUUCCAGGCUGGCCCUUCCCGUCCCUGGACCCCAACUGGCCUGGACUCCACCCUGGAAUAAAUCUGGAUCUCCAACAGACCUGGGCACAACCCCAGUCCCGGAAUGGUCCAGACCAGGACUGUUCCCGACUAUUCCCAACCUGACCCAGAGAUGCAGGCUCAUAGCCCCCAAACAACCCUAAUUUAUUCUCAGCACCAGU